AUGGUAAUGGCAACUAAACAGAAACAGAAAAAGUCUAAGAAUCAAUUGCGAAGAGAGCGAUUGAAACAAAAGAAGUUAGAAGGGAACAAUGCCGAUGAGGAUCGUGAAUCCAAGGAAAGUGUCGUGGAAAUAAAAACCUUAGAGACCGUGAUUUUAGAUAAUAAUUCUGAUACUUCAAAGAAAGAUGAUACUCGUGAUGUUGAUCAGCGGGAGGUGUCUCUGAAUCUGACAAGGCUAUUUGAGUCCGAUAUCGAUAAGUAUUUGGAUGAUCCCCAAUUCCAAGACUUCAAAAGAGUAAUAAACAGAUUCUACAUGCCUGAAGAGCAUAGUAAAGAUUCUGCUAAUGGUGAUACAGAUGCUCAAGGAAAUGUGAUUUAUAGUGACGAUGAAAAAGCUGACGGUGACGAUGAUGACGAUGAUGACGAUGGCAAAGACGACGACCAAGAUAAGAAGCCGUUGAGUCGAAGGCAAUUAAGGAAAAAAAACAAAAUUCCCUUAGCGGUCUUAAAAGCAGAGGCUAAACGACCUAAUGUAGUUGAGUGGUAUGAUGUGGAUGCUAACGAUCCAAAAUUGUUAGUGUAUAUUAAAUGUCUCAAGAAUGUUAUUCCCGUACCGCCACACUGGCAAUUCAAAAGAGAAUACUUAUCUUCAAAAAGGGGAGUAGAGAAGCCUCCAUUCCAGUUACCUAAGUUCAUCGAAGAUACAGGGAUUGUGAACAUGAGGGAUACAACUCAAUUGGAUGACCAAACAUUGAAGCAAAAAGCGAGAGAGAAAGUGCAACCUAAGAUGGGAAAGCUUGAUUUAGAUUAUGAAAAGUUGCAUGAUGCGUUCUUUAAGCAUCAAGAGAAACCAAGACUAUACGGAUACGGGGAUAUCUAUUAUGAAGGUAAAGAACAGGAUGAAAUUGACCUCAAGGGUAUUAGGCCAGGGAAAGUGAGUGAUAAAUUAAGAAAAGCAUUGGGUAUCCAGAAUUUCGAAGAACUUCCAUGGAUCAAUAAUAUGAGACGCUUUGGGCCUCCACCAAGCUAUCCAGGACUACGGGUUGCUGGAUUAGAGCUACAAUUUUAUCCUGAAUCAUUUCAGAAUAUGGAAAAUAAAGAUCCAGCUGACGAGCUCAAGGAAUUUUUGGUACCAACAGAGAAUGAGCACUGGGGUGAGCUCAAAUCUGUGGACGAAGAACAAGAAGAAGAAGAGGAAGAAGAAGGUGAUGAGGAUUCACAAGAAGGUGAAGAUGUUGAAUAUGAGGAUUCGGAAGAUGAAGCAGAAGUUGUGGAUGAGAGUGAUAUGGUUCCAAUUUCUUCAGUGGAAGUGCGCUCUGGUGUUUCACUUUCUACCAAUGGUAUGAAGGCGGUAGAUGAUGAUGGUAAGCCAAAGAAGUUAUAUGAAGUUCUUGAGGAAAAACAGGGUGAGAAUUCUAGAAAAGAGCCUCUUUCGUAUAAGAUUCGUGGCAGAGAUGAAUAUGAAAAGGAUGACAAUGUUGACAAUGAAGAAGAUGUCGACGAGAUGGCAAUCAAGAGAGCUAAAUACGAAAGUGAAAAGCAAAAAGAUACUUUUAAAUUCUAA